AUGGAGGUCACGGCUCUCUGCAUCGGACUGAUAGUAAACGUACUGGUGCUUCUGUCUGCGGAGGAAUCUGAUGCAGCUUUUCUUCAUGUUGUUCCAAACAGGCUCCAGCUCUUUGAAUAUGAAUCCAUCUCCUUUGAUUGUGAGGGAUUCGAUGACUUCACCGACUGGAGGGUGAUGAGGAGGAUCAUGGGAGUCGACACAAUAUGUGGUGUCGACUUUGAGAAAUCACGGGAGCCCUGUGUUAUUUCAAAUGCCUUGUCCUUGGACAGCGGGGAAUACUGGUGUGAAGCUAAAGGAGGAGGCAGAGGAAACUCCGUCAGCAUCCAUGUCAGUGCUGGUCCUCUGAUCCUGGAGAGUCCUGGUCGUCCUGUGACGGAGGGAGACGAUGUGACGCUGACCUGCAGAAACAAGAUGGCGUCCUCUGGCCUUAUAGCUGAUUUCUAUAAAAAUGGCACCCUAAAAGAGACCGGCUAUGAGGGAAACAUCACCAUCCUCAGUGUCUCCAAGUCUGAUGAAGGACUCUACAAGUGCGUCAUCAGCGGUGUUGGAGAGUCAGCAGAGAGCUGGCUGGCUGUCCGAGUUACUCUGCCGCUGCUGCUGGCCGGAUCCUGUCUUUGUGGAAAACGCAGAGCAUUUGUCUGCAAGAAGUCAACACCAAGAUCAGCCUCAGGGCUCACAAUAGAAGGUAGAGAAUGUGAUAAAUGA